AUGACGAUCCAGUUUGAGCCAGAGGCAAGGAGCAACUUCCACGCCGUGGUUGUCAUGCUGGCUCUUUCCGGCACCACCGUCUUCCUACGUAUCGCCGUUCGCUUCUCCCAGCGCCAGAAGCCCGAUCUCCCCGACUAUCUCGUCGUUUUGUCUCUUCUCCUAUAUGGCGGCUAUGGUGCCACGAUACUACAUCACAUCUUCAAUGUGUCGAGUAUUGGCGCAUUUGAAGGCAUGCCAAUGAAGACGAACAAAAUAUCCAUUUGGGAGCGUCAGGAAUUCAUGAAGAUGGUCUUCGCGGACGAGAUCAUCUUCUGCGUCAUCAUCACCCUCAUCAAAACCAGCCUCCUCAUCUUCUACUGGAAUAUUUUCUCCGUCAGCAGGCUCCAGCGCAACACCAUCAUUGCCACUGCCACUGCCUGCCUCAUCUGGUUCCUCGUCUUCCUCUGCCUCACCAUAUUCCAGUGCCACCCUGUCCAGUACAUCUGGGAAAAACUUAACCAGAAGGAAUAUUGCCUUUCCUCUCCUCCAAUUCUUCUCUCCAUGGAGGUCACAAACUUGUUACUCGAUAUCAUCGUCCUCGCCAUCCCCACUUCAGUUGUCAGCCAGCUCAAUCUAUCAACUCCCAAGAAGGUGUCCGUUCUCGGUAUCUUUCUCGUCGGCCUUGGAGUGUGUGCAGCAAGCAUUGCCAGAAUCACUGCCAUCUGGAGACCGCCCAAUGUUUUGUACAACAUUGAUACCCCUCAAACGAUUCUGUGGUCCACUCUUCAGAUAGGCAUGGCCAUAAUUUGCGCAUGUCUCCCUACCCUCGGCCCAUUGCUUCGCUGUAGUGCUGUCCGCGCCAAGAGCUGGUCUGGGUCUGGCAACAUUAUCCGCAGCGCUUCCAUGAAGAUAUCUGACGUGGAAACCCCGGACUUCAGGGAACGUGCAGUCGACCAAGACGGCCACGGCUUCUACGGGGCUGGGAGGACUUGGUCAGUGAGGGGAGACAAUGACCCAGAGCAAGCAAGUACCGAUUCAAAGAUUGAACUGCAUGAGCUUGUGCCGCCUAGGCGGAUUCGAGUCCAGAAAGACAUUGUAGUACACUAA